AACGGACUCUAUAGCAGAUGGCCACCUAGAGAUCUGUCGAAGUGUGCAGGUUCUGGGCUGCUUUUUACAGCUCAUAAGGCUUUGCAGCCUUGUUGACCCGAUGUUUCAUGGCACAAUCAUAAAAGAGCUAACUAGUCAUGAAGAAUGGAGUCACUACAAUGAAAAUACAAAAGAAGAUCAAAAAGAUUUUGUUUUUGUGAAAUUCAAUGGACUUCACUUAAAAUCUAUGGAAAAUUUGCAAUCUUGCAUCUCUCUUAGAGUAUGCAUUUUCUCAAACAAUUUCAUCACAGAUAUUUAUCCACUUCAAAGUUGUUUAAAAUUAGUCAAACUUGAUCUCCAUGGAAAUCAGAUAAAGAGUCUACCAGAUGCCAAAUUUUGGAGUGGACUAAAGAAUCUAAAACUCCUCUAUCUUCAUGACAAUGGGUUUUCAAAGUUAAAGAAUAUGUGUGUAUUAUCUGCCUGUCCAAACCUCAUUGCCCUCACUGUGUUUGAUUGUCCAGUAAGCCUUAAAACAGGAUAUAGACACGUUCUGGUUAACAGUAUAUGGCCUCUCAAAGCACUAGAUCAUCAUGUGAUUUCUGAUGAAGAAAUAGUGCAGAACUGGCAUCUUCCUGAACGAUUCGCAACAUAUAACCACCGACUUUUCUUUAAUUUCUGUCCUGCAUUGAGAAAGGUUGAGUCUUAA